AUGUGGGCAGGAUUUCUGAUGUGGGCUUCUGGCAAAUCUCAGAGUGCUUUACGCCAUAAUAGGACUCCUUGUGGUCGUGUACUCUCUAUAUGCCAUGAGAAAGGUUUGGCAAUCAGAAUCGCACAUCUUAAUGAAAGGAACCCAAUGGAGAGACUGAGGAAACUUCCAAACUGGGGUCAAACGACAACAUCUGCUUUUAAAAACACUGGAGUCAUCUUCAAGGAAUGCAGGAAUGGGUUCUUCACAAGCCAGAAUGUCCCUGACACCAUUGUUGCUUUGAUGGCAUAUGGAGGGGCUGAAAGAUCUUCUAUUUUUGGCAUCACCUUCUUGCCUUCUAGUACAGGUAUGGGAAGUGUGAUGGUUGUUAAUUUUUUGGCAGUCUUUCCGUUUCUUGUUAUCUUUUAUUUUUUUGAAACUUUACAAGUCUUUACUCUUUGA